AUGGGAGCGGAUCAAUCCAAACAGCUGGAGAAUACUCUUUUCAACCUGAAGUUUUCGUCGAAAAAUUUGGCCAGAGAGUCGAAGAAAUGCGUCAAAAGUGAGGCGGAAGAAAAGACGAAGCUGAAGAAGGCGAUUCAAAAGGGAAAUAUGGAAGGUGCCAGAAUUCAUGCGGAAAAUGCCAUUCGCCAGAAAAAUCAGGCGCUGAAUUUUCUACGUCUUUCAUCCCGCGUUGACGCAGUAGCUUCUCGAGUUCAAACAGCAGUGUCGAUGCAGCGCGUGACAAAAGACAUGACCUCGGUCGUCCGCUCGAUGGAAGGGGCGCUCAAAUCCAUGAAUCUCGAGCAGAUUUCCAAUAUGCUCGACCGUUUCGAAAAGAGCUUCGAAAACUUGGACGUUCAAUCGCAGGUCAUGGAGGAAACUGUCGGCGGCGUUACUGCCCAGUCUGUUCCAGAAGCUUCUGUCCAGUCUUUGAUGCAAGAAACAGCGGACGAACACGGACUGGAAUUGAACAUGGAGAUUCCCGGCGCAGCGCAAACUCAAAUCGCCACGGCUACUGGAGACCAGGACGAAUUGAGCCAACGAUUGGCAGCUUUGAGACAGACUUAG